AUGGCGGCACCCGGAACCCAAUCCCUCAAGUGCGUCGUUACUGGUGAUGGUGCAGUCGGCAAGACAUGUCUCCUAAUUUCCUACACGACAAAUGCUUUCCCCGGAGAGUACAUCCCAACAGUAUUUGAUAACUACUCUGCGAGUGUUAUGGUCGAUGGCAAGCCCAUCUCCUUGGGUCUCUGGGAUACUGCCGGACAAGAGGAUUACGACAGGCUGAGGCCGCUCUCAUACCCCCAGACCGAUGUUUUCUUAAUCUGCUUCUCCAUCGUCAGCCCUCCUUCUUUCGAUAACGUGAAGGCCAAGUGGUUCCCUGAGAUCGAGCACCACGCCCCCAACGUGCCAAUCAUCCUCGUAGGAACGAAGCUGGAUCUGCGCGACGACCCCGCCACGCUGGACAGCCUCAGACAGAAGCGCAUGGAGCCCGUGUCGUAUGACCAGGCCCUCGUGGUCGCGAAGGAUAUCCGCGCGCACAAGUACCUGGAGUGCUCAGCCCUGACGCAGCGGAACUUGAAGAGUGUGUUUGAUGAGGCUAUUCGUGCGGUGCUCAGCCCGCGUCCACAGGAGAGAGGCAAGAAGUCGAGGAAGUGUUUAAUCCUGUGA